UUCUGUUCCUUAUUGAAGGCCUUGAGAGAGAAUUCCCAGGAAGACCUAGCACACUAUUGCUGCAGUCAAUUGCUCAUAGUGUAGGAUACCACGUAGAACUUGAUAUGUUCCAAUGUGACCUUGGUGUUCCAGAAAUUGACUUCAUGUUAAUGGAAAUGCAAGAAGCCCAUGAGAAAUAUCUGGCUCUUCACAAAAAGGAUUCUUAUAGAGCUCAGGCUUACUUAAUUCUGACAGGUCUGACAAUAUCAGUUGAUCAUGAAGAUGUGUCUCCAGAUGAGAAGAAAAGACGCUUGGCUUUUAUCAUUCACCACAUGAAACAUCCUUUGCCAAAUGAAACUGCUACUGUCCUCAGAAAACAUAAUACCUGCAAUAACUGGAACUUGUUGGAAAGAGAUUUGACUUACCUUAUUGAAGGGAAUUAUGAAGCUACAAAUUAUGAUAAACGAAAAGAGAAUGCCUUAAGAGCAUUAAUGGAUAUAUCCCAGGACAGAAACCAAUCAGGAAAUUCAGAGAUCACAGAUGUGAAUUCUGACCAGGACAAAACUUGGAGCCAUAAUCUGAAUAAUGAGUUUUUAAAUUUGUUGAUGAGACUUCAGCUGGAACAGUAUUAUCCAAAUAAAAUGAAAAUGUCAGACUUCCAUCUCAUUCAGAAAACAUCUUUAUUUAACGGCCAACCUCAUACUGAUGAAGAACUGCCAUAUUAUUUCUUGGGAAAGAUACUAAUGCUGGACUACCAGGCAAGAUAUGUGGCUUGCAAAGAUGGCACUAGUGUUCAGCAUGGUGAAACCAGUCUGUUGGAUGUAAGCAAGCACUUAGACGAUUUAGAUUACAUUUUUGGAGAUUCUAGUGAGGAAUGUCAUGAAGUUAUUCAAAGUGUUUGGAAGUCCAUCCACCCAAUGGAUGUCCAGAUGGCCAUUUUCUACUGCGCAGAUGAUUUUAUGAGGCAGUACUUUGCAACAAAGCUCUCAUUCUGCCAAUUAGCCCUCCCUUUCUUGGUCCCCGUUCCCUGCACUUCACAAAUAGAGCUGCCUUUUUGGUCCUUCUGCCAGGUCCGUAAGCAGUGGCAAGAGAAGGGAAGCAAAUGCACUGAUAAACUGAUUUAUCAGGUAGAGACACCUGUGGUGUCUUUCAUCAGGCUUAGCACAUCUUCAUAUUCUAAAUCCCAGCUUUUGAACCAUCUGUUGAAUAAACAAAAGCAUGAUAUCUUUUUCCAUCGUCACUGCAAAGGAAGCAACAAAAAUGGUCUCUUGAUGAAAGGAGUUGUAGAAAUUGCCUGGUACUGUCCUGGUGGGAAGGAAAAUGACAUAUUUGACACUUGCAUUGCAUUCACUAAUCUUCAUGGAGACUCAAAAGAGUAUGAGCAGCAGGUUGAUUUUUUGCAAGAGAUAGCCUCUGUCACUGUGGUUCUUUUAUCAGAAAAGGACUGGAAUGGAGACAGCAAAACUUUUCUGAGAAAACUCCUCCAGUCUCCGAAACCCUUCAUUUUCCUUUGUGUUGACAAAGAGCAAAUUGUAACUAAUAGGCUUGCAACACGAGUAAAAAUAGCUGUCAAUAAUCGUAAUGAGGCAGCCUUAAUUGGGGAACUGGCACAAGAAAUUAAAUCUGCUCUAAACAUUUCUAAUGCUUGUCAUAGCCUUGAGAGAUGUGCAGACAUCGCCCGACAGCAUCACUUCAUCGUAGAUGAAGACAAGGAGGAAUGUAAAUCAGGCAAGACCAUGGCAGAAAAUACAGUAAAUAUACUGAAAGAUGAGCAUAUCCUAAGGAAAAAAAGCACGCUGCUGCCCCUGCAGGGAUCAUUAUGGCACAUGUGGUGUAAGAAAGACAGGGAACAAAACCAUCUGCAGGACCAUGACAACAUGGGACUCGAGCAACAAAUGAGCCAAAUAUACUCUGCAAAGCAAAGAAUAAAGCAAGAUCACUUAAAUCAGGCUUUCCCCUUUAAUGACCUUUUGAAAUCACUCCUUACAGAUCUCAAUUCUUCCUCACAUAAAACCAAAAUAUACUUUCUGCAAUGGCUGAAAACCUUUAUGGCUAACCAGUCCUCCGAUCACCUAGCAGAGCUUCAAGAAAAGUACCAUGAUUUAUGGUCACAGACGCUGCAAGGAGAAAACAGUGACUUGCAUCGUAAAUUAGAAGAACUAUCGGAGGAAAUAAGCCAGUCCACCUUCGGCUUAGAGCAUCUUCUUAGAGAGAUUGCUCUGCUUUACGAAGUUUUGGAUGUGUUGCCUCAAGAGAAUCAGGUUGUCCAGUUCCUGCCACAGAUAGCAGCUGAUCUAAUUAUUUCAGGAUAUCCCAUGGAGUUGAUGGAUGGUGACACGUCACACGUGCCAAUAAAAUGGAUCAGUGCCAUUUUUGACACAUUAGCUGAGAAGCUGGGGGACAAAAAAGUGUUUGUUCUUUGUGUCCUUGGAAGCCAGAGCACAGGAAAGUCAACCCUCCUGAAUGCCAUGUUUGGUCUUCAGUUCAGUGUCAGUCCAGGGAGAUGCACUAAAGGUGCUUUCAUGCAACUAGUAAAAGUGGCUGAUGAGCUCAAACCGAGGCUGAACUUUGAGUUUUUGCUUGUUGUUGAUACAGAAGGACUUCAGGCUACAAAACUAGAAAACAGAGCGAUACUUAAUCACGAUAAUGAGUUAGCCACUUUUGUCAUUGGCCUGGGCAACAUGACAAUAAUCAAUAUUUUUGGAGAGAACCCUUCGGAAAUACAGGAUGUGCUUCAGAUUGCUGUGCAGGCAUUUCUGAGGAUGAAGAAAGUGAACCUUUACCCAAGUUGUUUGUUUGUGCACCAAAAUACCGGGGAAAUAACUACAGAAGAAAAAAACAGGGAAAGCCUGAGAUGCCUCCAGCAAAACCUGGAUGAAAUGUCCGUCGCAUCGGCUCAGCAAGAGUCUUGUGAUGUCAGUUGCUUUAAUGAAGUGAUCCAGUUUGAUGUGAACUCUCAUGUUUAUUAUUUUCCUCAUCUCUGGGAGGGAGAGCUACCCAUGGCCCCUCCAAAUCCCUGUUAUAGUCAGAAGGUACAAGAACUGAAAAGAAAAGUUCUCUUGGAUGGAGAGAAAAAAUCCCAGCUGGGCCUCCUGACGUUCUCUGAGUUAAAAGUACGCAUUCAGGACUUGUGGCAGGCAUUGCUGAAUGAAACUUUCGUGUUCAGUUUUAGAAAUACCCUGGAGAUUGCUGCCUACAAUAGGCUAGAUAAUAAAUACAGCAAUUGGACCUGGCAGCUGAGGAGCUUCAUGCUUGAUCUGCACCAUAAACUGAACAUCCAGAUCCAAAAUGGAAUACUCAAAGCCAUAAAGAGAACAUCCCUGGAAAAGAGCAUUCAAAAGACAUAUGAAGAUGUUAAAGCAGAUUUGGAAAAAUACUUCCGGGAGGACAAAUACAGCAGUCUAAUUAUUCAGUGGAAAAAGCAUAAAGAAAAUAAGUUGGAGUUUUUAAUAGAAGAACUCAUUAAUAAAACUUGUCAAAAUUGUGAAAAGCUUAUUAACCUCAAGAAGAGGCAGAGGAAUUUUGAACAAAGGAAAUCUGAGUACAUCGGCGAGUUGUCGAGAAAAAGCAAAGAAGUAGCUCAACGCUGCCGAGACAGAGAGCUGAAUGACAAUGAACUGAGAGAUUAUUUUAAUAAUCUGUGGCAAGAAUGGAUUGCAGAAGUAUCUCUUCCUGCAUCCCACAAAAAGACAUUCAGUAUUAGGGCUGACAUGGAAAAGUUCCUUUGUGAAUACUUCAGAAACGAACAUGAUAUUAGAAACAGGGUUACAGAAUCCUCUAAAUGGACACGUUUUCCUUCUGAGGCUCUUUAUCACAUUUUUUUAAAGAAAUUUAAGGCAUUCUUUUCUCCAAAAAAUGAGAAACCCAUUGUGACGAAUCUCUGUGAGUUGACAAAAGAGCUAGAGAGGCUUAUCUGUGAAUACAUCAAGAAGAGAGAAGAGGAAAUGAUGAAUUAUAAUUCUAGUUAUUUUCAUGAAAUAGUGAAAUUAAUAAAAGACAAAAUAUGUGCUUUUGAAGAUGCAUAUCAGACAUCACUAUUUUCAUACCCUGUGGAUGUAUCACUCUAUUUGUGCCAAAAGGCAGCACAAAGGUUUGAGAAAAUGUAUGAAAUCUUCCAGAAAGAAAGUGAUCCUGUUAUCUACCUUAACAGCAAGAAAGAAGAUUUUUUUAAAUCAUUCGCUAUAUCCUACCAAGGAGCAAAAUCAGCCACAGUAUUUGCUGACGUUUUAUGCAGCAGCCUUAAAUUGGCAAUCCGUGAUGUGAUUUAUGAAAAAACUGCAAUCAACAUAGUCAAUGUGAUGAAGUCUGAAGACCCAGCUUUUAAUGGUGGCCGACAGAACUUGGAUCUAUACUUGCUGACUCAUCUUGCCCAAACGGAAAAUUUCAAUAAAUAUAUUGAGUACAUUUAUAAUCCAAGCUACUCAAUGGGAGAAUUUAUCCAACAACGAGUUAACAACUAUUGUUUGGAUAAAAAGAAUCCAAAAUUAAAGAUGUUCUUAUAUUCUCAACUGGAUUUUUUAAAAAAUCUUAUUCUUAAGUCUAUUAGUGAUUCGACCACAGUCGUUGAAGAUAAAGGAGGCAAUGUGUCCUUGUGGCUGGAUGAAUUCUGCAGCAGGGUAGGAGACUACUUGUAUCUUCCAAGGCACACCUUGAGCAGCAUUGAGCACCAAGAAGUCAUAGGCAUAAAGUUGAUUAAAGAAACUGUUAGCGAUGCAUUGAUCCCUGUGCUAGAUGAUCUGGAAAGAACAUUCUCUGAAACUGAUUUGGAACCAUUUUUUGCCAAGCCUCAUGAGAUUCUGUUUGAUCAGCUCUGCGGAUGCAUGAAGCAGUGCCCAUUUUGCAAAGCUGUCUGCACAAACACCAUUCCAGACCAUGAUGGGGAACACAGCACCUAUUUCCAUCGUCCACAGGCUGUAAUGGGCAGGCAGUGGGAAGGAACAAAUCAUUUUGUUAUUGAGUUUUGCUCUAGUAUUGUAGCAAGUGAUUGCACCUUCACUUUUGAAGGAAAGAAUAUUCCUUUCAAACAGUAUCGUACAGCAGGAUCUGAUUUUGCAAAGUGGAACAUCCAAACAGACACCAUCGCUUCAAAGUUUUACUGGAAAUGGUUUAUCUGCCACUUUAGAAAUGAAUUAAAAGAACUCUACGAAGGAGUUUUUGAAGGAAAGGGAGAAAUACCACAUGACUGGGAAAAUUCAUCCACAAAUGAAAUUCGUCUUCACAUGGAGCAAUUAGAGCUUUUCUUGAAAUUAGAUAGUUUCUUGAAAUUAGAUAACAUUACUCAGACAUUCAUCCGAAGCUUCUUCAUGCGACGAUAAGCCCAUAGAUUUCUGUUUAGAGUGCCACUGUCAUUUUAAAAUCAAAAGUUUCUUGUUCUCUCAUCCACAAAGGGCUGAACUAGAUAUGACAUUUGGUCAUAAAUUGGUUGCAGGGAUCCUCCACCCCCAGUUGUACAGAGUUACAGUCAAAAGUUACUGUCUUUAAGAAACAUUGUAACGUAUGCCUGGGGCCAAUGCAGAUCACAACCACAGCACUGGGGGAGAAGGGGGCUAUUACAUCAUGAGCUAUAUCGCCAUAGGAGCUGAUUCAGAGGACAUCCAAUCCCAACUUGUGCCAAACAUCACAUAUAGUUUAGGCCUAAUUUAUGAGGGAAUUAUUAUUGGUGUAUUAUAGGACUGACUGUGAGAGACAAAACUAAUCUCAUAUGACAACGGAAUAAUCAUGUGAUCGCAGGAGUUCAGAUAUGUGGCAAGGCUAUGUGAAGAUGAUCAUUCAACCAUUUGCCUCACUUGUACCCAUUUGUGGUGAUGGAGAUGGGAUAGAUAGACAAUUAUGAGGUUGGUUGAGACCUAAUGGAUAAGAAAGAGAAUUUUCCUGGAAGAGACCCAUCAUGUUGAUCUCCCAAAUAAAAUAUUUGGGAAAUAAAUGUUGAUCAUUGGCUAGCCAAGAAAAAUGUGUAACUUCACCUAAGAACACAAGGGGCUGUUACUGAUCCAUGAAAAAGAAUAUGAAAAACUAGAGAACACAUCUUAAAUGUUCCGCUCCUAAUUUGUCAAAUUUUAUCCCAUCUUCAACCCACUCUUCCUCCUCCCCCUUCUUUCUUCUUGCACUGAUUUGCUUCUUUCUGAUUGGUGUAUUUUUUCUUUUCUCCUCGGUUUGCCUUUUUGAAGUAUUUUUAGAGUAUUCUGUCUGGGAACUUCAGAUGAAGAAAUGGUAGAAAAGAAGAAAAAUAGGGUUUUAUAUCCUGUUUUCUGUACCUUAAGGAGUCUCCAAGUGGCUUGCAAUCACCUUUCCUUCCCCUCCCUACAACAGGCACCUUGUGAGGAAGGCGGGCUGAGAGAGUUCUAAGAGAACUAUGAGUAGUCCUAGUAGGCACAACACAGAGGAAAGGGGGAUCAAAUUGGAUUAUCCAGAUUAGAGUUUUAACCACUAUACCACGCUGGUUAUACAAACUGCUUUGUAGAAACACAGGGUGGCUUAGAGUGCUGGCCUUAGCUUUUUAACUAUAUGUAAUGGAGAUGAUGCAUAUUUUAUUGCUAUGUAGUCAUUUAUUUUAUUUUAUUCAUCAAUCAUUUGACUUUUAAAUGCUUUGCAUAAAGUGCCUUGUAAGUUCAUUUUUCAACAGCCAUGUUUUCAGCAGAUUGUUCAGUAUCCUGUAUUAUCUUGUCUUUGAUUUAAGAGUUGAUUGCUUUUGCAUUGUUUUAUUUGCUAGUUUGUGCAUUGUGAUUAAUAAACCAUUUCCAAUUAUUUUAACCCAA